AACCAAACCAGACCAAGCAAAACCCCCUUUGCUUCUUCUCCCGGAGAUUGAGAUCGAGGGUUGACCGUCUCAUGUUUUGCCGUAUCACUUGCUCUCAAGUCAAGCGUAAUUUUCUAUUACCUCUCUUUCUCUGUCAAUUCCGUCUCUUACUUAACUUGGCUUUCUCUUGUUUUCAAACCUAAGAGGGUUGGUUGUGUUGGGGAGUUUUCCCAAUUGGGUUUCGUGUUUUGUGUUUCGAAUCUUGGUUGGGUUGUUCUCUGCUGCCUGAUUUGGGUUUUAGGUCUUUUCUGUUUUGAGGGUUAGAGCUACAGGGAAGGAAGAAAGUCAGAUUUGUUGUUUGGUGGUUGUUGAAGCUUUAAUUGUGUCUGGGAUUUGUGUGUUGAACUGAGCUGAGAAGAGGGUAGCUCUUGUGCUUGGUUUUUGAGCUUGGUUUUGUGCUCCUUGAAGGUUUGCUUGGUGAAGUUGUCUAGUUUUGGGCUUCAAGUUUGAAUCUUUCAAGUUGUGUGCUAUUGUUGUUGAAGCUGCUUAGGAGUGGUUUGACUUUGUGGAGGCAUUCACAGAAGGGAGAUUGGUUGGCCGUGUAAGUUUGUUUGUGACUUUGUGGAGGCAUUUACAGAAGGUAGAUUGGUUGGCGUGUAAGUUUGUUUGUGUUGUUGUACAAGAUGGAUAAUUCCACAAAUAGGCAUACUGAUCAUUUGGGGGUGAAUAAGAUGGGGAAAAAUAUAAGGAAGAGUCCUUUGCAUCAACCCAAUUUCGGUAAUGGUACUGCUGGCGCUGCUAAUGCUGUGAAUGCUGCUGCUAGGCAGCAGCCUCAGCCUCAGGUGUACAACAUAAGCAAGAAUGACUUUAGGAACAUUGUUCAGCAGCUUACUGGUUCCCCAUCACAAGAUCCUUUGCCAAGGCCUCCGCAGGGUCCGCCCAAACCCCAAAGUAUGCGGCUGCAGAAGAUUCGGCCUCCUCCAUUGACACCUAUCAACAGACCUGUAGUCCCAUCUCCUGCCCCUGUACAGGCAGCCCCACCACCAGUUCCUUACAACAAUGGCUUUGUUAGGCCUCCCCAUUUCGGACAACCAUCUCCAACACUGAUGCCACCAUUUCCUCCUGGAGAAAUGUGGCCAAAUACCGCUGAGUCUCCAAUCUCAGCAUAUAUGCGGUACCUUCAAACUUCAAUGCUAGAUCCAACUCCAAGGGGAAACCAGCCUCAGCAUCAACCACAAGGUCCAGGUCAAAUUCAAGGGCAGCCACCAUCAACUGGUCUACUUCCCCACCCAUCCAUGCCUGCGCAGCCGCCUCCAAGAAUGAAUGGCCCUAUACCACCUGCUCCUAAUCUCCCAUCCCCGCAAAUGAAUGGUCCUCCACUUUUACCCUCUCCUACUUCCCAGUUCCUAUUGCCAUCCCCUACCAGUUACAACUACAUGUUAUCUCCACGGUCACCUUAUCCAUUGCUUUCACCUGGGACACAGUUUCCUCCACUGACCCCCAAUUUUCAGUUUUCACAAUCAGGGAUUUUAGGUCCAGGGCCUCAAGGCCCACCUUCUCCAGGAUUUUUGUAUCCUUUAUCUCCUUCCGGAUUCUUUCCCAUUUCAAGUCCGCGAUGGAGGGGUCAAUAGCAGUCUCAACAAUGUUUUGCAUUUUGCUUCCAUGCUUGUUGCUGAGCUCGUUUUUUUAUGUAGAUUCAUCUACUUCUUGUAAGAGCUUCUGUUGUGAAAAGUGUAGUGUAUGCUGGUAGUGUAAGAGGUCCUUUCGGCCGCUUCUAGUGUUUAUUUGUUUUUACUUUGUUCAUCCUUUGACACUCAUUCUGCAGCUUUAUCCUAAAUCCUGUAACAGCUGCUUUUUUUUAUUUUUAAAUUUUUCAACAAGUUCAAUUUAGGAAUAUAGUGAAGAUCAUCAACAAGGCAAUUGGAAGACUGGACAGGAGCAAAAGUGUAACAUGAAAGUCAGAAACCCAGAGCUGUAACAUGAAAGGAGGUAGGACACUUAAACUACAUAUGUAGACUCUUUAGAAAGAGUUCUUGUAAUAGUAACUACUGUUUUGCUUGUGCUUGGAGUUUCUCUACUUGGAGUUUCUCUAUUACUUGUUCUGAAUUAAUACAUGGUU